UUAGCUGGGGCCUGGGUUGUCCCGAGGGGCCGGAACAGCUGGUGCCCGGCUCCUGUCGCUGGGCCGAGCGAUCCCACGAGGAGGCCGGGCAGCUGGGUCUCCGGCGCACUUCACGUGAGGCUCCUAAGGUCGAUUCGGGCAGCGACGGAGGGUGAACCGGGCCCCCCUGUGCGACGAUACAGAGAAAUCGCCAACCUGAGCAGCCCCACUUAGAAACACGUGGAAGCGGCAAUCGUCACCGGGGCUGCCUUCUGGAAUCUAAAGGCAUUUGGGCAGCUGGCGGCUCAGGAGUGAAUACACCCGAAGGAGCAGCGGAGGAGAAAGCUGGGUGGCCAAAGACAACCCCCCCCCCACACACAGCCCCCGACACUCCUGCCUGCCUCUCCGAAAGGGUGAAAUUAAGGACAAGCAAGACAGAAAUCACCAUGGAUAACAGUCCUGGCGGCGUGAUCCUCUACGUGGGCUCUACGGCUGGCUCCAGCCCCACCCCGGGCAGCCCACCCGGCAGCUACCUGGUGCCCUCCCCACAGCACUCCCUGCCCUCAUCGCUGGAGGAGCUGACGCUGACUGAGAUCGGGGCCAUCAAGCCACAGGGCUCCAGCUCGCCAUCCUCACCUAAGGUGGCCUUCCAGUUCCCGGAAGGGGUCAGGUACCCCAGCAAGGGCCAGUCGCCCCCCACCCAGAGCAGAGUUGCCACGGCCAAGCAGAACGGCGUGACCGGCACCUUAACUAAGACGGGCGGGAUGGUGCUGCUGUGCAAGGUGUGCGGGGACAUCGCCUCCGGCUUCCACUACGGCGUCCACGCCUGCGAGGGCUGCAAGGGCUUCUUCCGGCGCAGCAUCCAGCAGAACAUCAACUACAAGAUGUGUGUGAAGAACGAGAACUGCAUGAUUAUGCGUAUGAAUCGCAACCGCUGCCAGCACUGCCGCUUCAAGAAGUGCCUGGCCGUCGGCAUGUCCCGCGACGCAGUGCGCUUCGGGCGCAUCCCCAAGCGGGAGAAGCAGCGCCUACUGGACGAGAUGCAGAGUUACAUGAACAGCCUCAAUGAGGCCCCCAUGGACAUGGGGCUGGGGCCCGAGGGGGAGGCACCCCCCAGCCCCGAUGCCCAGGAGGAGGAGGCCAUCGGCGCCAUCUCACGGGCCUAUCACGACAUCUUUGUCAGCGGGCAGGACCGACUGGGCAAGCAGGCUGAGCCUUACCCCUCGCUCAGCUAUGCUGACCAGCAGCUCAAUAACGGCUACGCCUACGGGCAGUACGACUCGGCUGGCCUGCCCCUCUCUGGCUAUGGCGCCUGCCCCCAGGAGGCCCCCAGCUAUGUGGACAACGGGCCCCGCCGCUUCGGCAACGACAUCUACCAGGCCCAGCAGGCCGGGUACCUGGCCAACGCCAGGCACUACCCCACCUUUGAGUACGGCUACUCGGAGGACAGCCCCCAGAGGGCAUGCCCCUGGCGCUCCACCACCAGCAGAGGCAUUGCGUGCCCGCUGAAUGCCAGCCCAUACAGCAGGAAUGGGAACAGCAGCCAGCAGGUGUGGGAGGAGUUCUCCCAGUGCUUCACGCCCGCCGUCAAGGAGGUGGUGGAGUUCGCCAAGAGCAUCCCAGGCUUCCAGUCACUCUGCCAGCAGGACCAGGUCAUGCUCCUCAAGGCGGGCACCUUCCAGGUGCUGAUGGUGCGGUUCUCCUCCCUCUUCAACCCCAAGGAGAAGGUGGUGACAUUCCUGAGCGGUGAGACCUACUCGCUCUGCAGCCUGCGCUCCAUGGGCCUGGGCUGCCUGCUGGACGCCAUGUUCGAGUUCAGCGAGAAGCUCGGCUCCCUCGGGCUGGAUGCCCAGGAGAUGGCGCUCUUCAUGGCCGUCGUCCUUGUCUCAGCAGAUCGCUCUGGCAUCUCAGACGUGGAUGCCGUGGAAAUCCUUCAGGAGACCCUCAUCCGGGCCCUGCGGACUCUGGUGACAAAGAAGCACCCCGACGACUCCACCCUCUUCCCCAAACUUCUCCUGCGCCUUCCCGACCUGCGGACCCUCAACAACCAGCACUCAGAGAAGCUCCUGGCCUUCCGGAUCGAUCCUUAAGCCAACCGGAGACGCCCGCCCUCCGAGCCUAGGGGGAAAAGGAUCAAGAACAGUCACCGGACCCAGCACCUCAGGCUGCAUUUAGCUCUUUCGAAGAUGAGGAAGGAGGGCUCUGGCGCUGCCGGGCAGCACGUGGCCUGUCGGAGCCAGGCUCUGCCAGCGCACGUCCCCCGACCCGGGGCGAGCGGGUUCAGGAGAAGAGUUCACACCUCCCGCGUGGCACUCUCUGCAGCACAGCAAGGCCUGGAGAGCGAAGCAAACAUGCGUCCGAACUGACCGCACCAACAAAGACAGAGUGUAUAUAUGUGUAUAGAAUUCUCUCUCUGUAUUGUCUUGAGGUUCUAGUUUGUAUAUAAGAACCUGGAUAUGUUGUACAUACAGCGUGUUGGUAGAUCAUGGGGGGACGGUUCACCGCACUCAUGUUUCAUUUGACGACCUGGUUCCUUCUUAGGGUGCACGCUGUUUUAUCCCAUUCCUCUCCGCCUCCACCCUCCAUCCGUACCAGCCCUCUCCUAUGGAGAAAACAGCACAGAUGGCUUGUGGAGCUGCGCUCUGUGGAUGGCAUAAGAUAGACUGGAUCAGGAAGUGAUAUGCAAGGAGCCUUUUUGUCAGGGAUGGUAGGAGCACUCGUCUGGUCCCCAAAUCCCGACCUGAGGCCAGACAUAGGAUGGUGUAAAUCAGGAGGGACUCACUAAAGUCAAUGCUGUGCUUUUUCCUGGCUGGUAUUUUUUAAAAAUGUCUCUUGCCAUCAGGGCGUUUUUGGAAGAGGCUUGGCUGGGCAGUGCUGUCUCUCAGAGGGGAGAGGUUGAAGGAGGCAGUUCUUGAGUGCAAGCACACUUCCAUUAAAGAAACAAAUGGCUCUGUUUUGUUUUGCUCCCAUUCAGCCCUGCCCUAACCACUAGACCCCAUCCCCAGGCCAGGAAUACUGGCUCCCAUUCCUCACCCCAUGGUCUAACCAGAAUCAUAGAUUACUAAGGUUGGAAGGGACUUCAGGAGAUCAUCUAGUCCAACCCCCUGCUCAAAGCAGGGCCGAUCCCCAAAUGGCCCCCUCAAGGAUUGAAUUCACAAGCCAAUGCUAAGCAAAGGCUAACAGGCCAAUGCUCAAACCACUGAGCUAUCCCUCCCCUCCACUCCUCUCUCAGAGCCACAGUUACAACCCAAACAUCCUAAAUCCCAUUUCCCUCAUCCCAGCCACUAGACAACUCCCUCACCGCAGAAGAGAAUGGCUCUGGUUUUGUGGGAGAGGUGGCACUUUAGACUGUUACAAGAUGGAGACAAGUCUGGGGACCAAAAGUGGGGCCAAAGCUCCCCGGCAUUGCAUUUCGAUACAUAUCAAAUCCUGAAGGUCCACAGGGAGAGGGAACCCGCACAUCAGAAGGGAGCACUUUAUAGUUUGUGUUUGGUUCUUUGCCGAGCUCAGAACAUCUGCAGGAUGAGGGGGAGCCGGGUCGCGCCUCGGCUCCUGGCCCCACCGCUCUGUUCUUUGUUUUUUUUUAAAAAGAGCAACAAAACUUUGCACUUUUCUGAAAAAUAUAAAUGUACAGAAAAAAAUCAACUAUCCCCUAUCCCAACUCAGAGCAUAUCAGCAAAGGGAUGCCCCCUGGGGCACGGCUGCUAAAAGCCCUAGUGCCUGGCAGUGGAAGAAGAGAAACGGUUUAUUUUUGGUCUAAUAUUGAAGUGCAAUAAAUAAAAUAAAGACUUGCUUAACGUUGA